AAACGGCGGGAGUAACUAUGACUCUCUUAUCGUAGACAAAUGCCUCGUCAUCUAAUUAAUGACGCGCAUGAAUGGAUUAACGAGAUUCCCACUAUCCCUAUCAACUCGUCGCUCGACCGUCGUCGAGUACGGAUCGUCUGCAUUCGGCUCCGCAUUUUUAAAUUUUUAAUUGUGCAAGGUCGCCCCUUUCGUGAUAUAUACAUAGUCUUAGUGUUAUAUUAUUGUUGAACUUUCGCCCGAAUCAUCCUCUUGGAUGUUUUUCGGCUAAAAACUGAGGACUUAGUGCUUUAAUUGUGUAGUGACUUGGACACUGUGUUUGCCCUCCCGGAAUAUCCUUGCAGCGUAAGUGGUAUUUCGGUGAGUAGACAUUAGUUUAUUAUUAACAUUUUAGUGUAGAAUUUGGACCUAAUUAGGCAAUUUUUCAUAGUUUUAGUAUAUCUUAUUGUAUUUUGGACAAUUAUUAGGGUAGUUAUUUAGUAGUUUAUAAGGAACUUGUAGGUAAUAGUGAAUAAGUUAGUGACAUUUGGAUUAAUUUGACAUUUGACAGCUGACGGCUGUCGGUUGAUACUUGACAAGUGACGUUGUCACUAUCAAGUUGACAGCGACAGCUAGUGAUAGUGACAUAGUGACAGUGAUUGGUGGACUGGCCGGCAGGCGUACUGUGCCGCUGAGUCAGAUAUCACCUCCGCGUUAAGGGAGUUAAGGACACACGAACUUAACUUUGGCACGAAAAAUUUUUAAAAACUUAAUAGACGUCCUUAAAGAGAUGGAAGAAGACGGAGCACCCCCGCCGAACGAGUCUCCUCCGAUCGACCCCUUCGCGCCGCGCCCCUCGCUGGGCGCACGCCGCCGUUUCGAGCAGUGACCGCUGCGGAAGACAGACUGGAGGGCAGUGAAGACGCCGUCGCCCGCGUGGCCUUCGAGGCGGCGGCACUGGCGAUUGCCGCGGUGCGAUCGCCGAUGGGAGAGGAUGCCUCUGGGAUGUCCCCCGCCGCCCCCCUCACACAGCGACUGUUCGCGGCAGCGAAAAGAGUCUUGUCGCCUGACGAGAACACGGUCGCAGCGACACCAAAAAGGAGACCCGCGGAGAAGAGGAUAGUUGCCGCCCCCCCCAUCGCCGACCCCGAAUCUGACUCCGAAAUGAACGUGGACGGGAUGCUGCAUCUGGCCACGGCCAGGGAACUGUUGUCCCGAGCCAACCGUGAAGCAAGGGGGGUGUCGACAAUUAUGAGCGGGCCCACGUCAAAACUUAAUAAAGCGGACCAGGGGGCUAUCACGAGCCACCUCCAGACUAUGCUCGAAAUAGUCGGCCAGCUGGCUCUCAUCGCGGAGGCGGGUUCUUCGAGCCUUGAGAAGACCAAACAAGCCAACAUCAUGGAGGCCCGCCGUGCUCAAAGAGCUGAGGCUGAAGCGGAGAGAGCGCGCAGGGAGGCCUCUGAGGCUGCUGCGCGUCAGGCGGCGGCCGCGCAAAUGGCGGCUAGCGCUGCGGCUGUGGGAAGAGGUGGCUCCUACGCGGAUAGGGUCAGGACGCCCGCAGCAGGGGGCCCGCUCAUCGCGGUCUACCCGACGGGGGGUGAGGUGAAGACGGCCGAGGAGACUAAAAAGCUCCUCAAAACCUCUGUGGCACCGGCAGCCCUCAAAAUUAAUAUCGAGAAGAUCAGAAGAGUUGGUAACGCCGGGGUCCUCAUCCAGGGGAAAACCAAAGAAGACUUGGCACGCCUGAGGUCAGCGCUCCCGCCGACUCUCCGGGCGAAUGAUGUACAGGGGAGAAUGCCCCUGAUCGCGGUUCGUGGCGUUGAAGGCAGGGACACGAAAUUCGAAGAUUUCAUCGGCAGCGUCCAUGAACAAAACUUCAAAGAAGACCCCAACUGGACGUUGCCGAAUAUUAAGAAAAACUGUCGCCUGGCCUUCAGGAAGAGCCGCGAAGGUGGUACCCGCACGACGAUGGUGCUGGCGUGCACCCCGGCGUUCAGGCUGGCGCUGUUACAGAAGGGCUGCCUAUAUGUAGAGUGGGAGGUCUGCCCAGUAGGGGACUUCACCACCGCCAUAAAAUGCGGAAAAUGCCAGACAUAUGGCCACCCUGAGAAGAAGUGUAAGGAGGAGAAGCCCACGUGCAGCAAAUGCGGUACGACUGGGCACAAAGAAGCCGACUGCAAGUCGGAGUCCGUGCGGUGCGCCACCUGCAAGAAGUUUGGCAGGAGGGAGGCGGAGGCGCACAUCACGGGCGCCGGCGAGUGCCCGGCCCGCAUCCACGCGGAGAGACGGAUGGCUGAAGCGGCGGGCAUUUCACUCUAAGAUGGAUACCGGACCAUCAAAAAUAGAGUCGAAACUCAGGGUGGGCCAGAUAAACUUGAUGAGGUCAAUCGCUGCCACAAAGGAGCUUCCACAGGCAGCAG